CCCCUACAAAUACUACCUACAUAACAAACAAAAACACCAAGACCAACAAUUUCGAGAUUUUUUACAAGUUUUAUACCCAUCAAUCAAUCUAUCUAUAGGAAAUCAUGGCAGAUGUAGAAGAAUCCAGUGCGCAAACAGAAUUGCAAUCCAGACAUGUUGUUUAUUGUGGAGGUAAGAUAUAACCUAUGACUAUGAAUAUAUAUAUGAAUGAAUGACCCCGCUAUCUUCACUUUGCUAAUGCGAAGGUAUAGUUUGUUCGUUACCACCCGAGGUAAGAAUUAGUUUAUUAACUUGAGAGGAUUUCAUAUGGGAAUUAAAGAAUGAGAAAAUGAGAAAAGAGAUAAGUUUGUUAAUGUACAGGAAGUAGUAUUGUGAAUAUGGCGGUACGGUAAAGAAAUGUCAGGAAUGGCUCGAGAAGAAGUAUCCAGAUAUGUAUGAGAGGUUAUGGUCUGAGGGUAUGUUUUCACUCGUCCACCUUUUCCCGGAAUUUCUUUAUAUUAAUCCGUUCCCUAGAUGCCCUCGCAGCCGCAACCUCAACCCUCAGCGUCGACGCCCAAAAACGCGCCGCAAAAGACGCUACGAAAAAAGCCGCCAAAGCCGAAGCUCUCGAAGCCAAACAAAAUGAAACUCUCGCUUCAUCCAAAAUUCGCAUCAAGCGCGUCGAACGUAAUAAACGUAAAUAUGUUACUGAAAUCCAAGGUCUAGAAGCCUUUGGGUUAGAAUUAAAGAAAGUAGCAAAGGAAUUUGGAAGUAAAUUUGCAACGGGAAGUAGUGUGACGAAGGUAGCGAGUGGGGGGCAGGAAAUUACGGUUCAGGGUGAUGUGAGUGAGGAUGUGAGGGAGUUUUUGAUUAAGACUUAUAAGAAUAUUCCGAGGAAGAAUAUUGUGCUUGAGGAGCCGAAGAAAAAGAAGGCGGAGCCGGCGGAGGUUUAGAUUUGAGUGGUGUUUGAAGGGAUGGAAGAGAAGGCAAAGGAAGGGAAAGGGAUGGAUUUGACGGGAUGUGGUUAUUAGGAUAGAUAGGUUUUCGAGAAAUACCUAUACGGUAAUGAAUUCGAUUUAUGACGUCGAAAGAGUGUUCCUGGCCUCCGCAUCUGCAUUACAUGAUAUAAGACAAUGAUACACAUAUCCGGUAGAAACGGACCACACACCCUCAAUCUUCACAUAAUAUCGAGCAUGAAGGCAGCUAG